UAUUCGCUUGAAGAAUCAGAGCUCGAAAGCGCCGCCGCAACAUUAGCAGAUGCACGAUACAUGGAGCAUUUGGGAAUGGAGCGAUGCGAAGUGCGCGAUUUCAACAGGUAUUCGGCACGAGCUCUUCUGCGACCAGCGCCGUCACAAGAAGCUCCUGAAGACGAUCUCCUUGUUACAACACUAUAGCCUUGACGACCUAAGCAAAUUCGGCAUCAGUCCAUUUGCAAAAAUUCCGCUUCGACUUUUCCUCACUUUCAUCUUCCGCUGA